AUGUCAUCUGAUGAUUGUUUGAAUGGCUCAUUGGAGAAUGUGCAAAAGUCGAGAUCGGAUUCGGAGGUGAUCUCGCCGGCGGUGAAUAAAUCAUCGAGUCAACUCCGGCGAAUACUCAUUGAUGAUUUGAGCGUGUGCUCGGCGAGCCCCGGCGACCGAGUAUGGGCGACGUGUUCGGGCGCCGGCGAUUCAUCGGAAGUGAUUCACGUGCGAUUUGUUGGCGUGAAUUUCGAGGAAGACGCGCUCGACGUUUGCAGGAAAACUGAGAUUGUUAUGUUCACGACGCCCGCAUUGCUUCUAGAAACUGAAUCUGAUAUUCAGCUGAGAUUCUCAACGAGCGCUGAAAACUUUACAAAUGUGCCUUUUAGAUAUGUGCCAAGAAAGCAACGAGAAUCCUCGUUAGACGACGUCAGAUUUGAUCACCUAAUUGAAUUUGCGACAACCGGCGACCCGAUUGCUCUUCUCACUCCAUUUAUUCCAUUAAUCGGCAAAACCGAUCCGGAGGGAAAUACGGCUUUGCACAUCGCGUCGAGGAGCAGCCAGAGUUUCGCGUUGAAGCUUAUUUUAUCAGUUCUCCCGAAUUCAACAAAGCAAGAAGUGAUCAAUAUUCAAAAUGCUCAAGGGCUGACGGCUCUUCACUGCGCUGUUCGCGAAGGCGACCCGGACGCUGUGCAUUAUUUAAUGAAUCACGGGGCGCGCAUUGACUUGGCCGAUCAUUAUGGAAAUACGGCGGUUCAUCUACUUAGCGAGACUUAUAAUGAAUCGAUAUUCAAAGAGAUUCUCGAACCUUCGCGCGGUCAAUCUUAUAACAUCAAUCAGCUGAACAAUGAAGGUUAUUGUCCGCUUCACAUGGCCGUUCGAAAGCUGAAACUAUCUUUAAUUGAAAUGCUCAUCGAAGCUGGAGCAGAUGUGAAUUUGUUGGAUCGCGAGAAGAAGCGAAAUGCUCUUCUUCAUGCUGUCGAAAUGAAUGACAUUGAAGCAAUUCAAAUUCUAGUCGAGAAGAACUCUGACACGAACGUUGAGGAUGUCAACGGAGAUACUGCACUUAGUCUAGCCAAUAAGAAUGCGAAUUAUCCUGCCAUCGGAUUAUUGAUUGAUCAUGGCGCAGAUCCGAAUAGGAUGAACUCGAAGGGUGUAUGCCUCGCUGAUUGCUCUGAUACCGUUGUGCAGAGUAUAAUCAAUGGAGAACGACAUGAAAUACCUAAAAAGGAUGGAUUUACGGCGCCAAAUGAUCUAUCAACCUCGAGGUCGCCACUAUUCGGCCGCUCUCAUCCAAAUAGUGCGCCAGAUGAUGAUCCGACGAUCAGUAGACUGGUUAAAAGGAGCAGAGAGGAAAUAUUGAAUGACGCUCAAUCAUUACUGGACGAGCCUGAUGAGAGACCGCCUAUUCAAGUUAUUGGACCGUCUGAGGAAUCCGAUGACGAUGAUCAACAGCCAGGUCCAUCUACAAGUUCGGCGACGCCGAGAAGCCAACGAAGUGAUUGGAAUAAGAAAAUGAGUGAUAGCGUUUGCAACUUGGACUAUCUCACUAGAAUACGGGUUUCGAAAAUAUUUGACAAUGAAGGAAAAUGGCAUCAAUUGGCUCGGCAACUUGGCUGCGAUCAUAUGAUCGAAUUAAUUACAAUUUGCUCGGAUGGAGAUGAGUCAAGCCCAACGAUGAUACUUUUGGAUCAAUUUGAGCAAUUAACUGAUUCAUCAAUCACUCGUCUUCGUCAAGCAAUGGUGGAAAUGAAUGAGGACGAGGGCGUCAAACUCAUCGAUCAACGUUAUGUUUACUAA